AUGAUGAUUGUAGAUGAGAAUUUAGCAUAUGGAGCAUUUUACUACAAAGUUUUGAUUCCUUUUUUUGUCUUUUCAUUUUCAGCGGUUCAACAUGAAAGGGGACCACGCAAACCUAAACUUCAUCCUCAGCUGCAUCAUCAACAUCCAGCUCAUCAUCAUGCUGCCCAUCAUCAUCAUCAUCAUUUGAAUGGUUUAGCCGGUCAUCCUCAUGGUCCCUAUCAUGCCGCUCACUUGCCGGUUUCAUUGGUUACUAAUGUCUCAGCUUCGUUUAAUUAUACUUCACAUAUAUCGACACAUCAUCCAGCGGCUGGUUUUCAUGGACCUCAUCAUCCUACAGCAUUUCAUCAUCCUGGACAUGGUCCCAAUGCCAAUGGUGGAGGACAACAUGUAGCACCACCUCAUCUACCCUUUCCUCCCCACUUACUGCCUCAAAUGCAUCACAAUCUUAUAGCAGAGGCUACCAGUAAAUUGCCCAGCUUGGUGGGUACAUCAGUGACAACUAACAAUCUAGUGCCUACUUCUUCGGCCGCCACAAGUUUGCCAACACUUAAUCAUCAAAAUCAAAGCAAUACAGUACCUACCUAUGACCUUACAAAUAGUCGUGGUGAUGGUUCUUCGGCGGGUAGUGCUGGAGCUGGCAGUACCACCAGUUUGGAAUUCUAUAACAAAACUAUAAAUCAAAACUAUUCUUCACCUUCGCCCACAGCUUCUAUACAAUCAAUAUCAUCGGUGGGAGGUCGCUCUUCUUUAGGCAGUGAAUCACCCAGAGUAAAUGUUGAAACUGAAACCCCUUCUGCCACACCACCACCGCUGUCACCUUCCAAUUCGCCUGGACCACAAGAACCCCUAUCACCUACGGAUACUAAUCGUACUACAAGUUCUCAUUCAUCCAUUAUAUUAAAUAGUCCACUUACAUCCCUACAAUCAACAAACCCUCAUAUUGGUUUAGUAGCACUACCACCAACUUCCCUUCAACAAACUACAGCCACUUCAACACCUACCACUUGUCUGACAACCAACCAACAAACAUCAGGACAUCAGCAACCACCUCUACCACCUCCGCCUCCUUCUUCGUCCACGACAUCGUCUUCCUCGACAGCUUCGCAAAGCCAACAUACACAAGCUGCUGCUGCUGCUUUGUAUGCAGCACGUCAAAAUGAAAUCGAUUAUCUUGUUCUGUGUAAAGCUCAACAGCAGUUAUAG